AUGCCCGGCCUGGUUUGCAAGCUGCUCAUCUUUGCUGCUGCCAUCAAGAUUGACUAUAAGGGCAAUGUCGGACCACUACUCAAGGACCGCCGCCAGGAGGAAAUGGCUCCGGGCACGCUGGAGGUGCACGGCAUCAUAGGCCUGCUCAAAAUCGCGACUUCAUAUUUCCUUAUUUCGAUAUGCGACUGCGAGCAGGUGGCGCAGAUACGCAGCAAGCCUAGCUAUAAGAUCACUAACGUCGCGCUCAUCCCGCUCUCCUCGCAGGCCGACGCUGACAAGGCCAUCACAUCUGCCCGUGACCACGUAUAA